AUGUCUAGUUCAAAAACAAAGAAACUCACUGAUCAGGAAAUAACAACCCAAUUUAAUGCAAUGAAAACAGAGCUACAGAACAUAGCUCAAAAAAUUGGAGAGUUAGAAUCCGAAUCUGACGAACAUAAGGCAGUUAUAGAUACAUUAUCACCUUUGAAUGAUGAUCGAAAAUGUUUCCGUUUGGUCAAUGGAGUAUUACUCGAACGCACUGUGAAAGAUGUGUUACCAGCUUUGCAAACAAAUUAUGAUGGGAUUAAGGGCAUUAUGGAUAAUCUUGUUCGUUCUUACAAAACCAAGGAAGAUGAAUUUAUCGCAUUCCAAAAAGAACAUAACAUCAAACCAGUUAUCUCCAUAAUUCUUGCUCUAGAUUUAUCGGCCAAUAGUUUGGCAGUUUUAGCCGUAACUAUUAUAGGUAGAAUAUAA